AUGGCCCUUAAGCCUCUUCUUUGGAUACUCUCUCUCGUCCUAUCGGCUUCCUUCACCACUGCAACGACGUUCAACCUGUCGAGCGAGAUUACGAGAUUCGUGCCAUCAUGUGCUCGCGAAUGCUUUCGCUCUCACCUGAGCGCCAAUUAUGCACUCAGCACCUGUGGCAGCGCGCCCUCCUUGCAAUGCCUCUGCGCCAUUGUCGGCUUUUCUGGCCUCACUAUUGGGGAGGGUGCAGUGCAAUGUAUCGUGGCGGAGAAGAGCAUUGGGUUUUGUCGCGAAAGCGAUGCGCCCCAAACCAUCAUCGACGCGGCAUACCAAAUGUGUGCGCACCAGCCGGGUGCUAUCCAGCCUACGCACACAGCCAUCAUCGCGACCUUAAUUCUGCCCACAUCGGGAGGCAUCAUUGUUGUGCCCCCGAGAGCUACCACGCCACUUAUACCCCCGACGUCGACGAUCCACACGACCACUUCCCUCCCAACGACCCCCAUCUCGGCAACAGGCACCCCAUCCAUCCCGCAGACGCUCACGACCCUCACCAGGUCAAAUACCUCUCGUGUCUCCACAACGAGCAGCUUAAUCACAACGCCUCCCUUGCCGCCAUCGUCCACUACAACUCCAUCCGCAACCGCGGCUCCGGUGCCAGGAGCUGAGGAAGCUAACUCCGGGCCCUCUAAGGGAUUGGGCACGGGUCAAGUGGCAGGUCUGGCUGUUGGUCUUGCGGCUGCCCUCGGCCUCGCCAUCCUCGCCAUAUGCCUUGCCCGUCGCAGGCGGCGAAAGAACUAUCCAGACGUAAAGACGGGAUUCUUCCCCGUCCGCGAGAAGGACUCGUGGGAAUUCCACCCCCAAGAAGGCCCUGCAAAUAUCUUCCACAUCUCUCCACCCGUCCACCACUCGCAGUCACCCUCACUAUCGCCGCGUCCGCCUCCUGCGGCGCGCACCCGGGCGAGCGGCCGCUUGAGCUGGUGGCCUGGGGCGGUGGGGCUUGCGGUGUCACGACCCGAGAGCCCGCCCACCGCUCUCCGUCCCCCGCCUCCGCAACAAAACCGGCCUACAUCGCGACUUCUCCCCGCAAAGCCUUCGCUUUCAUCCCCCAAGCCGGUCCUCUCCCUCAAGAUCCCGCAAAUCAACCUCUCGUCCUCGUCGCCCCCUCGGCCGCAGGAGCAGAGAGGAUCUCAGCCGACCAAUUCCCAGAUCUUCAAGACGGCCAAGCUCACGGCGCCGCCAAAGAGCCAUUACAAUGCCCGAGAGAGCACAAUGACCGAGUUUGAAGAAGACGGCGCCAUCACCUCGGCACGCUCUGCUCGCUCCAACAACAUCUGGAGGCCGCCAUCUGCAACGGUCGGAAGCAACCCCAAGUCGGCGACGUUCUACGUCGCCGACAAGAACGGCAACUGGGUGCUCGGAGACUCUAGGAGCGCCACCCACAUGGCACAGAUCGCCGAGCUCGACGCCUCCGGCGCGAGCGAGGGAGGAGGUGCCAGAGCGAAGCCCUCGUACGCCGAGUCCGCCAUGCUCGCAGCCACGGCCACCACAGCAGGCAUGGGCCACGGGGGUGGGAGCCCCGUCGUCCCCUCCGCCGCUCGCAUGCCACCGCCCCCGCUCCUUCUGCCCGCGGCGGAGAUCGUCCGUACCGGUGCUCUCGCGGCCCCGCCGGCGGCACACCAGUCGCGUUCUUCGAGCGUGUACUCUCAAGGCACCACGCGGCCCAACACGGGCAUCCAGACCGGCGGUGCCCUCCAGACCGAUGGUGCAUCCCACCCGGUGCCGAGCAUGUCCUUCUCUCACCCCGAGCCGCCGCGCCGUCGAAGCAACUCACUCGGUCGCCGUAGCUCCUCAAAAGCGAAAUCCGGUGCGACCGGCGCUGUGACCGGAACCGCGGCCGGUGCCAGCACGGUCAACGCCCCGAAGCGCUCCGACAGCCACGACUCUCAGGCCUCCUCCACCACGAUCGCCUCCUCCGUCGCGAGCGGCGAUCCCGAGCCUGUCAUCGAGCAGAGCAGCCUCUCCCCCGUCGUCGAGUCCCCGGCAUCGAACGCAUCCCCGAGCGGCCGCUCGCCGGUGUCCUACCCUCCGAUCCCUGGGCGCACGAGCUCCAAGCCGCGCAACGACCACCUCCGCCUCCUGGCUCCUCCCACGCGAACUUACGGUGGAUUCCCCCCGGGCCAACCCAGUCCUACCUUAGGCAUGAUGCAGCAGCAGCAGCAACAGCAGGCCCGGAAUGGUCCGUACAUGGCCAGCUACGACGUGCCUCGCAAACCCAUCGCCAGGCCCCGUCCCGCCGGCGCCGACCCGAACAGAGUAGCCACCGGCUCGCCCUCGCUCCGCCUCGUGACUCCCUCCCCCCCUCCGCGGGCGGAAGGUCGACAGCAGGAGCGAAAUCGGAACUCUGCAUUGACGCAAAGGCCACCGCAAAUGCGACCCCUUUAUCCCCCGCCUCUCCAGCCUCAGCGCCCGCGGAUCGAGAGCAGCAACUCACACCCGCAGCCCCAGACGGCGCAAAUCCAGCAAGCGCCCCUGAACCGGGAACCUCAGUCAGCGACCGUACACAGGGCGCUCUGGGGGAAUCCCCCUCCUCGUAGCCAGCCGCAGCAGCAGCAACAGGAGCAGCAGCAACAGGCCGUCUACUCUUCUCUUCCUUCUCAGCGGCAGCAGCAACAGCCCCGGCCUCAACCAAGCCAACAGUCGUUCUCGCAGCGCCAGCGCCGUCGCUCCCAGGAGAAAAGGCAAUCCUUCCAGCCUACGACGCUUCCCGAACAGUCCCCGCCGCCGAAGCAACAGCUCCCCGCACGGCCGUCGCCCGGCUCGCCGUCCCCUCACCACGUCGCGACCCAGGCCCUACGACGCCCGGCGCCGACCUUCGCCUCGUCCCCGGCGUCGUCGUCGUCGCCAUCGCCACCGACGACGGCGCCCCCGCCCCGCCCCGCGUCCCCGCCGGCAACGUCCCCCUCCGUCGCCACCCCCUCGACAACGUCCUCCCUGCUGUCCAAGCGCCUCGGCCUCGAGCGCGCCGCUGCCCUCGCCCUCCCGACGGCCGGCAUUCGGCACAGCCCUAACUGGCGACCCUCCCGGCCGGGAGGUACCGACAUGCUCCUCUCGCCCAACUCCUUCUUCCCGGCGCCCCCGGGGUUCCCGUCCCGCUCCGGCGCGAGAGAAGGGGACCUGCCCAGCACGCCGACCUGGCAGCCGAAGCUGACCCCGACGCGGCGCGGCGACGACUUGUUCCUGAACGUACAAUGA